UUAUGCCACCAAAAACAAAAGGUGGGAAGGCCGACGCUAAAGGAGGAAAAGCGGCGCCAGCAAAAAAGAAGGACACGCCAGCCGGAGGAAGCGGAAAGGCUAAGAAGAAGAAGUGGUCGAAGGGAAAGGUUCGGGACAAGUUGCAGAACAUGGUACUUUUUGACCAGGCGACAUUUGACAAGCUUUACAAGGAAAUUGUUUCUGUCAAAUUGAUCACUCCUAGCGUUGUUUCUGAACGUCUCAAGGUCCGAGCUUCUCUAGCGCGUGCUGGUCUUCGCGAAUUGCACCAAAAAGGAUUAAUCAAAGUUGUGGUUAAGCAUGGAGCUCAAUUGGUAUAUACUCGAGCAACCAAGACAGAGGAAGCCUAGAAAUGAUUUGAAAGCAUUUUUGUUAAUUUUAAUGCGUUCAUUUUCUUGUUGAUGAAAAUUAUAAAAUGUUUUUGAUUGAUUUUUUAGUUGUUUAACGGUUUUUACCCAUUUAUUAUUUUAUAGAACAGAAGUGGUUCUAACCCGUCGGUAUGGUUUUCCUUGUUUCCUUAACGUUGUCUUAUCUUUGUCGAUCAAAGUUUUGAAUAAUUCUUUGGAAAUCGCUUCCUCGUUUUUCGA